AUGAUUAGACCAAGCCAUGGACAACACGCUUCGGCCCUGCACGAUUCUAUGCGUCGGCAAUCACACCGAGACUCUGAAGAAGCCGUCCAAAUAGAACGGCAACGCAUCGCGCGGGAACUACAGCCGUUUGAGCGUCAUGGACUGUCGAUAGCGACCUCACAUGUAUUCAGCGAGCACCAAGAUGCCCCUAUCCGCGCUCGCCAGACAUCUCACCGAAACUCAGCCGCAUCCAACGCGCCACUCCAAGACCGUGAAUCACUUGAAAGCUACACCACUACUCAACCAGAUGCACCGCGCUCUAUCAGCAGUUCGUUUCGAGAGAAGCAUUGGUAUAGUGUGAUUGUAGAGUUUUGGACCACCCAUGUCAGUCUCACAAUUGACGAAGGUGCUCACAGAGAUCAUCUGGGCAUGAAAGCCCCUCGUCUACAGCCGAAGAAUACCAUACUAACAUCCUCCAGCACUAGAGCGUACGUUUCUCGGCUACCUGCGGACUUCCCUUAUUCUCGUUAUGAUAGGUGUGAUGAUUGCGCAGCUCUUUCGUAUUCAGCGCGCGGAGAACCCGGAUCCCAAGAUAGGUUUCUAUGUCAUCGGCGAACCACUCAGCGUGGCUUUCAUCGGUAUGGCGAUAUUUGUGCUUCUGGUUGGAGCGAUGCGGUUUUGGAGACUGCAAGAUGCCUUGGUAAGAGGGAAGGCGCUUGCAGGUGGAUGGGAGGUGUUUGCGAUCAUGGGCAUGAGCGCUCUUCUUCUGCUUGCAACAUUCGCUCUUAUAUUGGCUGUCAACAUCGAUAAAGCCAAGUAG